GGAACGUUUGAACUUCGAUUUGGGAGCCUUUGGUCGGGCCCUCAGCAAACGUGGACGAUCAGGAUGGUGUCUGAUUGGCUGCGAGCAUCCAAAUGUCGGGCUUGGCGGGGACGUUUAAGCUUAAAUCGAGCCCGAGUUGUUGCCUUGGCGGAGGUAUGGAUGGAUCCCAAUCGGACACAUCAAAGCAGGGUUUGCCAAGAUGUCGAGGGCUUGCCGUUGACUUGGCAUGGCAUUCCGUUAAGGUUCUUGCGUCGAAGUCUUGGGCUCGGUUGCUAUGUGCCGAGUACCAGCGACGGCUUCUUUAUUUUUGAAAGGCAGAGUCCGUCUACAUCUGCUGUGACACGGGGCAAGAAGCGAGGUAGGUGGAAAGACAUCAGUGAGACCAAGAAACGUAGGUCAGCUCCCGCCUACAUCUUGGAUCAUCACCAGAGCUUCUCCCUUUCACAUUGGCAUCACCCGACCUUAGUUGCUCAGCUGAGUGACGCAGAUAUUCGGCGUACUGCUCAGCCGCCAUGUCGGUCUCGAAAGCGGAGAGGACGGCCUAGACCUCAAUCUCAUCCAUCCGCAUGCCUGUACCGCAGCAUGGAUCUGCACCUGACGCGCCCGGAUAACGGCUCUGCAGCUUAGCUUUGUGAUGUACCCCACUACGUCUUGACCUGUUUUGCUACUAGUUGGGGGUUAGGAUCCCAUAGAGAUCAAAUACCCCCUGGAUCAACGAAGCUGAAGAGGAGGCCCCGCACUUAGGCCGGUCGAUCGUGCUGUGGGGACGGGAACACCUCCGUAGGGGGUUGAAUGCCGGCUUCGGGUCUACUUCACGCAAAGGACAAGACAGCUGCCGAAAACGCGGACGUGUCUCACUGUAUAUUGUUAUAGGCGAGCUCGCUUGAGGUCCGGCGAUGCCCAGAGGUGCCAGGCACCAGCUUUUCUGCUUCGCUGUAUGGUGCGCUAGCGGCGCCG